GCCAUUUGUCAGAGGUUGUGCAGACGAAAUGAUGAACAUGAGCAGACAUUUCUUCAAACCAACAUAAAUGUCUUCGGCCCUGGCUAUGUUUAGGAAAGCUCCUAGUCAUGGUGAUAUUAGGAAAUCAGCACAGAAAGUAUCUGACCCGAAAAAAGACACUCCGACACGACUGAAGCAUCUUCGCCAGGUGCUCGAAAAUUAUGAAGUUCCAGAUGCCAAAUCUUUCUUUGAAGCCAACUACUCCCACAUUUACUUUAUCUUCAAUGACAACUUCGCUACAGUUGAAGCAGAUUUAAAACAAAGAGCUAACAAAGCACACAGAGAAGAAUUAGACAGCAUUCUCCAAAUAUUUGAGAAAAUUUUACUACUGUUGCCAGAGUUAGUACAUAAAAGAUGGAUGUUCCACAGUAUAGGUCGUAUUAUGAAAAAAUUACUUCACCCAAGCAAUGGUCUGAAGACAAGAAAAGAUGGAAUGAGGUUGUUUAUAAUAUGGUACCAGAUAUUACAAGGGAAUGCGUCGGAGGAAUGCCAUAGAAUUUUCCUACAGCUGGUGCCAGGUUUGGGGGAUGGAGUUCAGCAGGAGCUUCUCAGCAGCCGUAACAGCACCUCUGAACCCACAGACUGGCCAGAUUGUGGUGGUUUAAUUGCUGCUGGAGAAAUCACGCCCAUCUUACCAGCCAGUGGAGAAAAGCUUCCUGAUAACAUCACCAAGCAUUUCUUUGACUGUCUCCUUCACGACAUGGUGUCAGAGAUUACUAAAGUUGUAUGGCUGAAUAAGGAAAUGCAGGAGGCUAGUUUUAUAUUCUUAUUUAACAAAUUUAAAACCACAUACCUGACAUGGCUACUCCCCGACUUCGACAGAAGUAGCAGUAUCUAUGAUCCAGUUUUAGAAAUGCCAGAAAAACGUAAGAUGCAGGACAUGAAGAGUAAGGAUCUCCCGGUGAAUGUGGCAGAAUGUCGAUAUUCCUACAUCAAAUGGCUGGCAUUAUUCCUUGUUGUCUCUAAUAAACCAGAACAGCAGACCGAUAAUGAUGUUGGCUGUACUGUGGGGGAGUCUGGAGUGGCUGAAGAUGACCAAAAGGACAUGACUGACCACAAAGUGACCACAGGGGAACACAUGCCUGGUAGUAAUGCCAGUACUCUAUCAACUGUGUCACACAGUUCUGAGCAGGACUCGGCUAACUCCAGUCUCUGUUAUGAGGAUGUUGACAAUGACAACAGUAUAGUGCGAAAUGUGCUCUUCUCCACACGGGAAAAUGUCAAUAUUGUACACGAGUCCUUCAGACAGGCGUUGCUCUUUUCCUUUCAACAUGCGAAAGCAAUCAAGACUGUGAUUGGUGUUUACAAGGACUGGUUUCAGCAUGCAGAUCAAAAGCCUAUCUUCAUGCAGGAACCAAGUGAGAAUGGGACGGUACCGGGUCAGCGAGACACACCCGAAUUCCAUCACAGUCUCUCUGAUAUCAUGGAGGAGGAGGGAUCAUCUGAUGAGUCUGUUCCCUAUACAGGGAUUCGUCAGCUCAUCACCUUAGAUACCACACAGGACAAGUCUAAGAUCAGGAAUGCGUCGUACCUAGGUGCGAUCCAGGAGUUGGCGGACGGCGGCGACCAUAGUCAGUAUGACAUCCGGGCUGGUAUACAGAAGGUGCUGCAGGUGUUUAUCACCAAUGCUGCUAAUAUCUUCCUGUUACAGACAGACGAGGAAAACAUGCUCACCGAACAGGUUGAUCUUUGUAAGAGGGUAUUAAACAUCUACAGAUUUUUGGUUAUGAAUAUCAAAAUGGAACAAAAGACUUGGGAGAAGAUGCUACAGGUUUUAUUAUGUGUUACAUCUGGUGUAUUACAUCAAAUACCCAUCGACCAGAAAUGGAAAUUCCUUGGUGGGCGGUUGGCACAGAUAGUGUUUCAGACAUUAAUCGUAACAUGGAUCAAGGCGAAUCUCAAUGUAUUUAUAUCGACGGAGCUGUGGGAUGAGUUUCUUCAGGUGUUGUCCUCACUGACUUCGUGGCCGGAGCUAAUCCAGGAGUGGGCGAAAACAAUGGAGAUCCUGACGCGAGUAUUGGCACGUCAGGUGUACAACCUUGACCUUUAUGACUUGCCUCUACAGAGGCUUAGUGAGCAGAAAGCCAAGAGGAAGAGGGGCCGAAGUCAAGAUAUCACCAAAACAAAGAACACAGAUAAAAGUUUCUCAAAGAGUUGGAGUAAGAAUGAGCCACAGGGAGCUAGUGUGGAGAAGUCAUCUUCUGUUACUCUCGGUGGAUUUGAACGUGGCAAAUACAAGAGUGAUGGAGCAGGCGGAGGAAGGCCACGCCCUGACUUGAACAAACAGAGGUCUCUGAGUGGGGAACCGUCUCCCUCUCAUUCCCGCACCCCCUCUAAUGCCUCUGACACCGUGCUUUAUACUCGCAGCAGUAGUGAUGGUAACCUUGCUGAAGCCAGUGAACUAGUGGAGCGACUCAAAGGUUUUGAUAUUGAUAGUGUUGCUAACAAGAAAAGCCUGGAUGGCUACCCAGCAUGUAACAUAACCAUAUCGGUAUCUGCCUAUAAGAUAUCUGAUAGUGUAGGGGCUGCCACGCCGGAGGAUCAGGAGGUAGCAGAGAUCACUCUAGCCUCUAGUCUGCCUAGUGCCCAUGACAUGGAAUAUAAUGUGGAAAGUGCAAGUCUGGAUAGAUCUGAUGAAACAGCAUUUAGAUAUUCUCGUACACCAUCGCCGCUGUCUCUUCACUCCAAGUCACGGUCACCAUCUCCCUGUAGUGAGCUGACUGUGGAGGGGGUCAACAACCACAAAGACUGCCCCACCCCUGACCGUGACAGUCUCCACAUAGAAAUGGUGGCCACCGAGGAAAUUCCUAUAGGUAAAGAAUCCAUGGAGGAUAUGAAGAGCGUUCUGGCUGGUGGGGCUGUGAUUGGCUGGACACCAGAUGUGGCCGUGGUCAUGUGGAGGAGAAUGCUUGGGUCUUUGGGCAACAUCAAUCAAAUAGAGGAUGGGGAAAACCAUGCUAUAGUCUACGAGGAGCUCAACUUCCUACUAGAAACUCUAUAUAAGAUGCGUGAUAAUCUUGGUGUGACCAUUGAUAACAUGAACUCGCCGUCUCCACCGGAACUCCUCCCACCUAUACAUCUGUAUUCACCCUGGCUGUUUGAGUGUCUGACGCUGUCUAACAAGUACAAGCGUGGCAAGUUGUUGGCAUACCAGCUCAUGUGUCAGAUGGUGGUCCAGCGCCACCCUGUGUCACUCCCCUCAGAGCUUGUCUCCCAGUUCUACCUGGCUCUUCACCAAGGCCUCACGUCCAAUGACCAGGACAUCAUCAAUGUGUUGGUAAGAUAUGCUGGAGCCCGAUUUUUCUCCAUGCCCCUACUGGGGUCGACUCUUCUCAUCGCCAACUUCAUCCAUGCAGCAAGCGCAGUACUUUCAGCUGUAGACAUCACAGAGACUCCCCGUACUGAGGCUGUGUCAGUGUUAGGAGCUCUCCUGUGUUUUCCGAACCAUCUACAUGAGGUCCAGGUCCUGCAGCAUACCAACCUCUCUGUGAACUCUUUACACCUGAAUGAGUUUAAGGAACAAGUUAUCAACACUCUACUCCGGGCAGGAAAGAAGGAGCCAGCUGGUCUGGCCAGAUGUGUAGCUGUGAGUACAAUAGGUAUAUUUCUGUACGAAGAAUUGAGCCAUGGAACAUUACAUCCCAAACUUAACGAGGCUGUCACUGUCCUGCUCGGGGCUCUCAGGUGUGUAAAUCGGAUGGUUUCCAAGCUGGCCUCAGACAUGUUGUGUAUGCUGUGUGACCACUCAGACAAACUACUCAGCUAUGACCCUGCUCUACCAAAACGUAUUAUAGAGGUCAUAGCAGCAACAGUGUCCACUCUCAUACCACUAUCAAGAGGAACAAAUUCAGAGGAGGAGAAGAAGCUGAUCAUGUCCAUGAUGUUCUGUAUGGCGGAGUGGUGUUUACGGAUGCCGAUACACCUCCUUCUGGAGACGACUGAUACAGACAAGGGAUGUGUCUACAAGGUGUUUGAGGUACUGAACACAGCCGUGCGGGGCCACACACAGGAGACGCUUCUACAGGCUAGACAGCUCCUGGCUGGCAUGAUCCAAGAUUCGGACUUUGAGUACCUUAGGGACAUGUCAGGCUUCCUUCGUAAGGCGAGCACCGAUUCUCUUAGCUCCCAAACAGGAGCACACUCCGGGGAACAGAACCAGGACAAGAACUCGGAGCCAGUGGAACUCGCUGCCCGAACGUUAAUUGGUCACCUAGUUAACCACCUGUGCCAUUUCCCUAUGGGGGCUGGGGCUGCACGGCUAAACAGCAAUAUCCAGGAACACCAUGACAAUGAUCAGUGUGAGAUAGACGACCUCAAACAGGAGAUUUUCUUCGCCUCUAACAUUCAGUUUUUUGUGCUGAAUCAGAAAACAUUGAUAUCCUUCAUAGAGUUACCUGCACAGUUGGAUGUACCAGGUGGAGGAGUGACCGCCGGACUGACCACAGCCAGAAGUGUUGGGCGAGUUUUACUGAGGGAUCUGACCGGGAAGUAUUCCUGGGAAAGUUCUGUACUCUACGCCCCACCAUGGUGUCAACAGGGCUCCUCAACACACAACGCAAAAAUAUUAUUGGACUUGCUGAAUGAUGGAAGCCUGGAGCCUCUCAUUAUACAAGAGGACCCAGAGACUCUGCCCCUACCAACCAGCACAGCAGUGGAACGUCUAGUCAAUGAGAUCCCUCACUAUCGUUCAACAUCUGCUGGUCAGGACAACCUCAAUGAUAUGCUGAGGUACAUUGGUUGUGCAAGUCCUGAAUGUCUCCUUAUCCCUGGUGUCUCCCUAAACUUGGAGGCACCAGCUCCCGAGGGAUUCAGUGAGGAUGCCGAGGCUAACAUGACCCACAUGGUGAUCAAACAAAAGGAGGCAGAACUAAACUUUUACAACCAACACAAACGUGACACAAGACGAAAGGAAACAUUAAUUAAUAUGCUGGCUAAAUCACAGAUGCCCACAGAGAUACAGGAGCCAGUGUCGCCGUUCCAGAUCUGUCGGAUGUUGGUCGACCAGCUAGGACUACUGGCAUGGGAGAAGAGGUGUCAUUUUGAUUUGUUAAAGAAGAGUGACAAGUUACUGCGAGAGAUGAAGCACUUAGAUAAUCAAAAAUGCCGAGAGACCCAUAAGUUUGCAGUGAUUUAUGUGGCAGAAGGACAAGAGGAUAAAAACUCCAUUCUUUCUAACUCGGGUGGCAGCAAAGCAUUUGAGGAGUUUGUGUCUGGGCUUGGCUGGGAGAUUGAGUUGGAGACACAUCAAGGUUUUAUAGGCGGUCUCCAGCAGAACAGGACAACAGGGGACACGGCUCCCUACUAUGCCACAUCCUUGUGUGAGUGUAUAUUUCAUGUGUCCACACGCAUGCCGUCAGGGACGGAUGACGCUAGGCACAUAAAGAUGCGCCAUCUUGGGAAUGACGAAGUUCACAUCGUGUGGUCAGAACACAGUCGAGACUACAGACGUGGAAUCAUACCCACCGAGUUUGGUGAUGUUCUCAUCAUCAUAUACCCUCUCACUAAUGGUCUCUACAGAGUCCAGAUCAACAAAAAACCGGAGAUUCCUUACUUUGGUCCUGUCUUUGACGGUGCAAUAUUGGAUCGUAAAGUGUUACCUGGCCUCGUCCGAGCUACAGCAAUCAAUGCCAGUCGUGUCAAACGGAGUCUGAUUCCCUUCUACCACUCUUUUUAUGAAGAACGUGCCAAAAGUUUUAAUAUGGUGAUCCAGCACCACAUAGAUCUGACCAUGUUUGAGGAUUUCUCAGCUAGUGUCUUCUCACCUGUGCUGCCUCCCAACUCCACAAUUUCAGACCAAAGCCUUGAUCUGCCGCCAAGUGCAAGUUCUAAUUCCCUGGAGCUGAGCCAGCAGGCCGGGCCAGAGCAGGUGUCGCCACCUAGUGGUCGCCAGAGUAGAGGUAGUGACUCUGGAACAAUAUUUGACAACAACAUGAUCACACGCACGGCACGAAGGCUGUCCCUCAAAGGUCGCAAGUCAUCUUCAUCCAAAUCGUCAAGCAUGACAACACCACCAGAGAGCCCAAACAUGCCGAAGAAUAAGAAACACUGACGAUGGGAAACAUUAGGAAUACUCUUCUACUUCUGUGAUAAUUACUUAUUUAUUGUUAUUUUGUGGCGUUGACUGUUAAGUAUUAGAUAUUUGACCAAAUGAUCCUAAUGGUCAUGACUGGUCAGCUUCACAGCUAAAAUAAUAUUAUACAAUGGAGUUCUUAGCCAAAGAACCUAGUGGUCAUUCUUUUCAAAACUAACCAAAAGAAUCUUGUUGUUCUUUUUGUAGAAGACUUGACAUCUUUGACCAAAGAAACUUAUAAACUUAACUUUUAGAUUGGCCAUUGCAGGAAAGACUGGACAGUCUUUGAAGCUUGGUCAUGUGAUCAUUCAUUGUCAUUUUAUGUCAUUUUACUUACUGGUUCCACUGACCAGUAGAUAAAGAUAUGUAAACAUUAAUGUGAGCGGUCAUUGGUUCCACUGACCAGUAGAUAAAGAUAUGUAAACAAUUAAUAUGAGCGGUCAUUGGUUCCAGUGACCAGUAGAUAAAGAUAUGUAAACAAUUAAUAUGAGCGGUCAUUGGUUCCACUGACCAGUAGACAAAGAUAUGUAAACAUUAAUGUGAGCGGUCAUUGGUUCCACUGACCAGUAGAUAAAGAUAUGUAAACAUUAAUGUGAGCGGUCAUUGGUUCCACUGACCAGUAGAUAAAGAUAUGUAAACAUUGAUGUGAGCGGUCAUUGGUUCCACUGACCAGUAGAUAAAGAUAUGUAAACAUUGAUGUGAGCGGUCAUUGGUUCCACUGACCAGUAGAUAAAGAUAUGUAAACAAUUAAUGUGAGCGGUCAUAAUGAUUUGUUUGAUAUGUUACAGUAGUUAGUGAUCAUUACAAGCUUUACACGUGUAGUCGAUUAUAACACUACAGAUGGAGACAAAAGACUGUUGUUGAUUAUAACACUACAGAUGGAGACAAAAGACUGUUGUUGUAAGUUGAUUGUAGUCUGGACCCAGACUGUAUUUUACAAGGGACCCCUAAUGAAUUGUAAUAUACAUGUUUUUUCCCUGAUUUUACAUAUUACUAGCAUUUAGAGCCAGUGAAAAAACUAGGGAUUUAAAGUUGUAGAAUUGUAUUGUUAAUUGGCUCUCUAAUACAUGUCUGUAUUGUAGAAUUGUAUUGUUAAUUGGCUCUCUAAUACACGUCUGUAAGUCUGAUCAACAUAUAGUCCUUGUGGCUUCCGAGUAUACAGGAGGUCAUUCUAGUAAUCUAGUACAUAAUGUAUUACUAAUAUUUAACAAAACUUUAAUGUCUUUGGUCCAAGAGUGUAGAUUAUACCACACAAGUACACAAGCACUAACAUUUGGUCAGUGUAGAACUUCGACAUCCUUGCCAGCUGAUGGUAAUGAUGAAAUUAUGUUAUUGGAGUAUUAUACAUCUCUACAUCCAGUGGCAAAAAUGGACAAAAUUACAAUUUUCAGAUCAUAAUUAUAAUUAAUAGAAUUCUGAAGUAGAAAUGUUUAGGGGCUGUUUAGGUCUUGUGUAGUUUGUGCCAAAAGAGAUUAUGUUGUGGGAAAGAGAUUCCCUUAUCUAGUAAUAAUGAUUGGAAUAUUUUAUACAUUAUAUAAUGUUCACUGCUUUGACAUUUCAUUAGUCAACAAAUUCACAAAUGAGUUAGGGAGGCCUAUUAGACCUCUUUAUUUUAUAUAAUGGUUCUCAGGUAUAUGAUUAAUUCAAGGUUGGUGAAGUUGGAACAUUAAUUAUUGCGGUCAGUUGGCCUGAUGGUGACCACAACAUACAUGGCUAAUGCCAUGAACAGAUCAUGUACUUAUUGAAAGGAAAAUGCUUUAACAUGAGAUUAAAUAGAUCAAAUUAAUCCUUAUAGCAUGAUGUGUUUAGUUUUUAAAAAUGUCUGUAUUAAUAUGGCUCAGUUUAAUUCAUAUGUCAGAAAAAAAAGCUUAUCAAAUGUUACUUUGACCAAAAUGUCAUUUUUCGUUUCAUUGUUUCUGUGAUUAGCUAUCAGUCACUUAAGUUUUUUUAUGACAAUGUUAUUGUAUUGGAGACAGGUACAGGUAUCAUGUAUGUUGUGGAGAUAGUAUUGGGAUACUGAAUAUUUUCUUUUGGUAAUUAGAUUUGAGGAUGCAUGCUACCUUACUUUUGACGUGCAUAGCCGAAAAAAAGAGUUCUAUCAAUAAGAAACUUUAAUGACUAAUAAUUUUAUGACUUGAUGAUGCUACAUUUGGUCGUUAUACAAAGAAACAAAUCUCAUAAAAUGUGAAGAAAGAUAACUUCACGUGUACCUGUAAUUCUAGGUUGUGAAAUGGUUGGCGGUAUAUUUAUAAAUAAAGUAUUUAUUACUUUUAACUACGCAUUUCAGACAAUGCCUCUUCCAAAAAGAGAAAAGUCAAAUAUUUAGGUUGUAUUUUCAUUUCAAAGUGUUGUGUAGGCUAUUCAUGUAAACUGAUUCCUGUGAUUCGUUGAUUUAUCUUAACAAAUAUUAGUCCUAGGAUUCUAAUCGAGACUGUUGUCAAGCGUUCAUCACAACAGAAUGGAAUCAUUAUAAGCCUUCCAGAGGAGACGACAGUGGGUUAUUAAUACACGGGCACUUCUCUAAAUCAUUAUUCCAUUUAGGUCUUAUUCUCAUCAGGAAUAUAUCCCAAUCCAGUGACGUCCUGCGUCCACCUCAGUAGCUGCUUAUAAUGUUAGCUAUUCAUAGGAAAACCUUAAAAUAUUGAUAACACACUUCGUUUAUUUAUUUAUUUUUUUUGGUAGAAAAAAAUCACAAAUUAGAGUUAAUGCGUCAAUAAGUUUUCAAAACCGAUAUGACAAUCAAUUAUAUAUAUCAUUAAUAUGUGUGUGUGAGAGGCAUUAUAUACACUGCAUACAGUAAAAGUAUUUAUAGUAAAAAGUUUAACGGUAAGCCAUUUUCCUUUCAAACUCUUUAGGGUACAAGGUUAUUGCAGCCAUUUUGAAAAUCCAUCAUCCCAGAAGUGUUCAUACCGUUGUAUACACUUACCGUUAGAACUUUUAGUCUUUGCUCAGGAAUCGCACAUCUUGUCAUAUUGUGGUUUUAGUUUUGAACACCAGAUUUUGUAAGUACAUAUGUAAUAUUGUAAACACUUGUGUAACUGAGGAAUUGGUGAAGACAAUCAAUGCAUGGUAAAAUUUUAAAAUCUCUUUUGAAAGUUUAUACAUGUAAAUAGAAUAUUGAAAUGUCUAACUUAAUUAAUUCUAAAAAAAAGUUAACUUAUUCUGUUAACAGUACUUCUGAAUGAACUUUCAAAGGUUAUUUUUAAUGUUACAUUUUAAUUACAUUUCACUUCAAUAUUGAGAGGCAAAUGGUUUGAUAAUGAACUAAUGAUUAGUUAUACUGUAAAGAAAUGAUGAAUUUUCAUUUUGUAAAAAUACUUGAAGUAAUUUCAAGCUAAUGUUCUUUAUUUUGAAGUGCUAGAUCUAAUUGUAAUUUGUUAAUGCCUCUAUAUUAACAUGACCAGAUAUAUGGUUUUGACGAUGUAUUGUACUGACAUCACUGAUAUAAGUGUUACUGUAUGGGGAAAAUAAAUAACAAUAGCUGUUAUACAGAACUUGGGGCAAACUUGAUUCUCAGUUAAGCUUGCCGUCAGUGCCGUUUGCCGGUUUUGAACUUGCCGACGGCACGUACAUUCAAGCAAAGCGGCUCAUUUGCAAUAUGGCCGACAUAGACCAAAACAUUUAGUUUUUUUAUUUUAUAUAUUUAUAUAUGAAUAAACAUAUUUCAAAAGCAUUGUUAACAUCGAACGCUGCAGAACAUUCAAAAUCAACUUAUUUUGCAAUAUAUAAAAAUAUAUGACUAAUAUGACUAAAAUAGCCUGACCGGAUCAAAAUAUGAUGAAAUUCUUUAACUUCUCACUUAAUCUAAUCUUUCAUUUGAACACGUCACCAUCUUGUUUCCCGGUGUGGCGGUGCUUUCAAACCGGCAGGAAUUUGCCGAAAUUGCAUGUGCAUAUUUGGGACACAAUCAAGUAAUUUUAUCGCCUUCCCACCUUACUGCUGGCACACCGGUACGUCAGAAUCAAGUUUGCCCUUGGACAAUGUCACCUGUCUGUUAUACAGAACUUAGACAAUGGCACCGGUCUGUUAUACAGAACAAAGACAAUGUCACUGGUCUGUUAUACAGAACAAAGACAAUGUCACCGGUCUGUUAUACAGAACUUAGACAAUGUCACCGGUCUGUUAUACAGAACUUAGACAAUGGGAAUUGUGCAAUUUUCUUACUGGUUUUAUGCUUGAUAUUGUAACACAACUUUUGUUUUUGUCUGCAUGUGUUAAUUAUUGGCCACCUGACAUGAAUAUGACUCAUUAGAUGAGAUGACAGGUGACCAGUCUUCGGUGUUAGAGUAAGAUAUUCCACCUGAACCUACUGGAGUUUAGUAGAUAAGGAAACUACACCAGGGUAGUUGUUCUAUGUAUUAUUUGAUUCAAUUAAUUAACACAAGUUUUCAAAGUGUUAUUUUUGAGAAACUUCUUAAAGAAUUACCAAUAAGUUUUGUUCCUUCUCUUCAGAUGGUUGUUUUGAACCCCUCGUACAUACUGCCAGGUAUAUUAUAUUCAAAAUUUCAACCAUUUUGGAAAAAAUCAGAUUUUCACAAUAAAUUGUCAAUUUUCGAAAUCAAGGUUUUGACAUGUGCCCUGCCCAUAGUGUUUUCAGUAAAUGCUGGGUUCCAGCUGGUUCACGACCGUAAGGGUCAAUAGGUUAUAACUGUCAGGUUGUAGUAGGUCCCAAGGGUUAGUGUAGGGGGUCCUUAGGGUUAGUGUAUGGGGUUGUAGUGGGUCCCAAGGGUUAGUGUAUGGGGUCCUUAGGGUUAGUGUAUGGGGUUGUAGUAGGUCCCAAGGGUUAGUGUAUGGGGUCCUUAGGGUUAGUGUAUGGGGUUGUAGUGGGUCCCUAGGGUAAGUGUAUGGGGUUUUAGUGGUCCCAAGGGUUAGUGUAUGGGGUUUUAGUGGUCCCUAGGGUUAGUGUAUGGGGUCCCAAGGGUUAGUGUAUGGGGUUGUAGUAGGUCCCAAGGGUUAGUGUAUGGGGUCCUUAGGGUUAGUGUAUGGGGUUGUAGUGGGUCCCUAGGGUUAGUGUAUGGGGUUGUUGUAGGUCCCAAGGGUUAGUGUAUGGGGUUGUAGUGGGUCCUUAGGGUUAGUGUAUGGGGUCCUUAGGGUUAGUGUAUGGGGUGGUAGUAGGUCCCAAGGGUUAGUGUAUGGGGUCCUUAGGGUUAGUGUAUGGGGUUGUAGUAGGUCCCAAGGGUUAGUGUAUGGGGUCCUUAGGGUUAGUGUAUGGGGUUGCAGCAGGUCACCAUGGUUAAAAUGUGGUGUUUAUAUUUGUUUGUUACUUGUACAUGUAAUUGGCAAGUAAGGGAAUGAAAGUAUGGAACAAGCUUCCCAUGGGUUACCAGCAAUGAAUAUUCCUUCAAGGAAGGGUUAGGCCAGUAUGAUGAUAUCACCACUAUUCUACAUUGAUAAAAAUGUCUUAUGUACAGGGGACCAAGAGUUGGUUUCAAACUUACGUUUAACUAGACCUGACUCAAACGGUUGUUCAGUAAGAUCAAGUUUACCACCAUUACCUUACAGUCUGAAUACAUCACAGGUAGAAUCUCAUGUUAUAUCAUGGUAGUGUUUGUCCUGUCAUAUCAGGGUAGUGUUUGUCCUGUCAAAGUAUGUUCAUGAUGAGUAUGUGUCAUAAUUGGUAGUAUAAGGAGAUAUUAUGUGGGGUUCAUAUAGUCACAUGUCUAGAGCCAUGAUAUUAGCAAUAUAAAGAAAUAUCAUUAGGGUGGGGGGUGGGGGUACACAUAUCUAGUCAUAACAUUGGCAGAAAUAUUAUUGGGGUACAUGAAGUCACGUGUUUAAGGCCAUGACAUUGGUUGUAUAAGCAGAUAUCAUUGGUGGUACAUAUAAUCACGUGUCUAAGGCCACGACAUUGGCUGUAUAAGGAGAUGUCAUUGGUUACAUAUGGUCACGUGUCUAAAGCCAUAACAUUGGUUGUGUAAGGAGAUGUCAUUGGUUACAUAUGGUCACGUGUCUAAAGCCAUGACAUUGGUUGUGUAAGGAGAUGUCAUUGGUUACAUAUGGUCACGUGUCUAAAGCCAGUCAGAUAUAUUGUAAUUAAUUAUUCUCUAGUCCACUUCAGGGAUUAGACUUGUAAUCAAAGUUUAUUAAUAAUAAUAAAUAAUAACAUUAAAAACACUAAAAUA